AUGUCGACACAACUCCCAUUCCGGAGCAUGCGCAUACCAGCGCUGCAGCGACAAUGCCUCUAUCUCCGCCACCGGAGCCCAAGCCGGCCGCUCAACCUCUCCCUCCGCCAACCCACGAUAUCAACCGCCCGUGCCUUUUCCAGCACCCCCUCGCGCCCCGCAAAGCACAAAGCUGGGCGCCAGCAACUCGGCAUAGAUAGAGCGCAGACGAGGGCGGCGGCCAGGUCUACCAUUGGCCCCGCGCCAGCUGUGGGCAUGGCAGAAGCGCAAAGCGAUGUGGAUAGCAUGCAACAAGAUAUCGGGUUACUACAGAAUACCAUGAUCAGGGCACCGUUCAGGGAGCUCUGGAAGCAUGGCUUGUGGACGUGGCCGGUUUACUUUUGGAAAUUGGUCAAGAGCAAAGGGACAGGGCUGUAUUCGCGAUUCCUCUACCGCACCUGCGUCCAAAAGAAAGGCUGGGAUUACUAUACCCCCAUCGACUACUGGGAAUGGAAGCAAUUCAAGUACAUAGCAAAGCGACACUACGAGCACGUCUACAAUAGCUUUGCCGCAGGAAACGUCCGAAAACUAAAAGACACAUGUCUCCCCCCUUUCCUUCGAAAAAUCCAAUCACAGAUCGCCGUCCGCGGUGGCCUACGCGUGAACUGGAAAAUUCACGGCAAUAUCGCCGCACGCAUAGUUUCGCACCGCGCCUCGCCUCUCGGUGAAUCACACCCGGAUACCGCAUACAGACAGCUAGUUGUUCGCCUCAAGUCCAAGCAGUCUAUUACUAGAACCAAAUCGGGUCGUAAAGCCGCCUCCUCGUCGUCGACCGGCCCACGUCGCCCCAGUGAGGGUCUACCAUGGAUGCCAGAUGCCGCGCGCGAACAGAUGCAGCGCGAGCGCAAGGCAAAAGCUGAAGGUCAUGUUGAUGGUGUGGAGCUGCCACAAGAGAACGACGUGUUUUUUGACACCGAGGUGCCGACGACGGUCGUGGAGUACUUGGUGUUGCAGAAGCGCGUUAUUCGGGGUGUGGAGGAGGAUUGGAAGGUUUGGGGGUUUACGCGGGAAACGACGCCCGAGCUGUUAAAGCAGGAUGAGGAGUAUUUCCGGAAGAUGUUGGAUUAUCAGACGGGGUAG